AUGUUGGAGAUGUUCGGAUUUCCAACUAUGCUUGUGCCCCUCACCUGUCUCUGCGUAUACUUGUGCAUCUUUUAUAACACUCGCCGCUCGAUCCCGCCUGGUCCAAAGCCCCUGCCUAUUCUCGGAAAUAUCCUCUCUAUUCCGUCGCGCAGACCAUGGGUGACAUAUGCCUCGUGGGCUCACAAGUAUAAGACCGACGUAGUGUCUGUUCACACCCUUGGCCAUCUGACCCUUGUCGUCAAUACACUCGAGGCGGCCAAAGAGAUGUUUGAGCGUCGCUCGGCCAUUUACUCCGACCGUCCUUGGAUCCCUAUGAUCAGCAUGAUGAAGUGGGACUUCAACCUUGGGCUGAUGCCUUACUCGGAUGGAUGGCGCAUGAGGCGUAAAAUGCUUCAGCAAUUUCUCCACUCUGGAGCCGCAGUGCAGUAUCGUUCACUGCAGAAGAAGUGUGCAGUCAAACUCAUAAAGCUGCUACACACGAGCCCUGAAAGCUUCAUGGACCACGCGAGACAUUUCGUAGAGUCCAUCAUGAUGUCAAUGGCUUAUGCGCACGAGUUAUCUCAGUCGGAAGACCGAACGGUGAACAUCUCAGAGAGAGCAUCCAAGAUGCUAUCAGGUGCCGUGUUUCCGGGCGCAGUAAUUGUCAAUGCGCUGCCCAUAUUGAAACAUCUCCCGAAAUGGUUUCCGGGUGCAGGAUUCAAGACGUACGCAGAGAAGUGUGCUUUGUUGACACGGGAAAUGAGAUACGUCCCCUUUGAGGCUGUGAAACGGAGCAUGGUUGAUGGCACAGCUCGGCCCUCGAUGACAGCGAGCUUGCUGGAGAUGCAUGAAGCAAAGGGAGGCGAUGAAGCUGAAGCAGUGGCUAUCAUGGAUGCAGCAGCAGCGGUACAUGCCGUCGGAACGGACACGACAGCAGCAUCAAUCAACUUCUUACUUCUCGCACUCGCUCUGAACCCUGAAGUGCAGCGGCAUGUACAAGCCCAAAUCGACAAUGUGGUCGGUCGUGAGCGUCUCCCAAAUUUCGAAGACUUACUCCCAUACGUCGAUGCUGUAUGCCGUGAGGCCUCGCGUUGGGGGGUUGUUGGACCGCUAGGCGUAGCGCAUGCCGCCUACGAGGAUGAUGUGUACAGAGGUUGGCACAUUCCGAAAGGGGCCGAAAUAUUGUUCAACUCAUGGGCUAUAUUGCACGAUCCUGUGAAAUAUCCGGAUCCUGAGUCGUUCAAGCCGGAACGGUUCUUCGGAGAAGACGGAACCUUGAACGACGAUCAUGUUGAAGCUGUGUUCGGAUUUGGCAGACGGGCUUGCCCGGGACAACACCUUGCUAGAGCAUCAAUAUGGAUCAUGGUCACAUGCACACUGGCGUUGUUCGACAUCGAGCCGGCGAAGGAUGAAGCAGGGCGGAGAUCCCUAUCCACGUUGAUAAUACUGAUGGUCUGA